AUGGGUCCUCCGUCAAAGUCCGAUUCGGAAGAUAAGCUCACCCUCCUGGAUGCAGGAGGAAAUAGUGCCCUGGGAUCUCGACUCUCGCAACAAGACCAGUACACCAUCCUCCUCCCAAAGCAGACCCCCUCCAACACAAAAGAGACUCUCCUCUUCCUCGGAGUCUACGACGGACACGUGACAUCCCACGUCGCCCUCCACGCCAAACAACACCUCCACCGUCUCAUCCUCGAAUCCCCCGACAUCCGAACAGGGAACUAUGAGAAAGCCAUCGAAGACGCCGUGCAGCAGGAGGAAAAACUCCUCCUAGAACAGUUCCAAGCAGGGAACGAGGUGUUUGGCAAAUCCGGCUCAACCUUCUCCCUCUGCCUGGUGAAUCUCACCGAUGGGGUCCUCGUGGUGGGCAACCUCGGCGACUCGCACGUGUUGCUCGCCGAGCAGCAUUCUACUGGCUGGGAGGUGAAACGCAUCACAAAAGCGCACAAACCCGGCUCCGACACGGAAAAGGAACGGAUCAAAGAGGCCGGGGGGGUCGUGAAUCGGGAGCUCGGGUCCCCGCGACUAGGCGCUCUGAAUAUGUCCCGCGCGCUCGGGGACCUCCAGUAUAAAGCGCCCUUGAUCAACUCGGACGAGCCAUUCUCGCUGGAGCAGGAGAUCGCCGGGUUCAACCCUGACAAGCAACAGGGGGAUCUACUGUCUAGCCGACCGUCCAUCUCGCGGAUUAAGCUCAAGGAGAGCGGGAAGUAUAUCGUCAUUCUCACGACGGAUGGGGUGACGGAUGAGAUGGAGGAUCGAAUGAUUCUGGAUCAUGUCGUGGCGCAUUGGAAUUAUGGGACGCGGGCGGAGGGCGUUGCGGGGAAGAUCGCGACGGAGGCGGCGGCGAGGCCGAUGAGUGAUAAUGCGACUUGUGUAUGUGCUUUUAUUGAUGGGAGGAUGCAGUGA